CGGAUGAUCGAUCUGGCAUUGACACGAAAAGCGAAAGCUACUGUUUUUGGUCAUUAGCGAUGGAAUCUAGUGUUAUUAUGGAAGAGAGCGAAGUCCCAUUAAAUUUUGUUGAUGAUGAUGGCAGUGGAAGGGGCAUGAGAAAGAAGUUACGGCAUCCAGUAGCAGUUCUGUUUCACAUAAUAUUUCGUGCUGGAGCCAUUCUCUCGUACCUGUUGUGUGGCUUGUUUAGUGACAGCUUCAUCACAAACUUUGUUGUUAUUGUUAUUCUACUUUCAAUGGAUUUCUGGACGGUAAAGAAUAUUACAGGUCGUUUAUUGGUUGGCCUGCGUUGGUGGAAUUAUGUUGAUACAGAUGGAAAAAGUCAGUGGGUGUAUGAAUGUCGAAAGGAUAAAGGUACUACUACAAACUCUGCAGCCGAGUCGAGAAUCUUCUGGUUAUCGCUGGUUGUAGCUGAAGUUAUAUGGAUCAUCUUCCUGUUUGGAGCAUUAUUUACCCUCAAGUUUAAGUGGUUUAUGGUUGUUGUGGUUGGCAUUUUGAUGAAUGGUGCAAAUCUGUAUGGAUAUAUAAGAUGUAAACUUGGGGCCAAGAACAAAAUAACAUCAGUGGCGACAAAUUUUCUCAGUGCACAUCUCUUCAAGUCUAUGUUUUCUUCCAUGACUAAAACCGAUUCCAGUAGUCAACGAGCUACUACAAGCCAAUAAAGAAGACUGUUCCACUCUGUAUGUUGUGCAUAAAACAGACUAUUUAUUUAUUUUUGUUCAAAUCUGAAUGGACAUCACUGCUUUGAAUACGAUUUUGUUGUAACAUUUAUUCUUAUUCCAGUUUCUGUAUAAGCACUAAGAGUAGAAAUAAAACAAAUACAGAUUCCACCCUUGAUCGUUACGGGUUUGAAUUAUAACGUGUUGUAUAUAGGGAAUACUACAUAGUAACAGAAUGACCAUCAUCUUACAGCGAGUACGGUAGUUACAUAUCUAAUGAGCAUUGGCAAGUUAGAUAUUUGUAAGCAGUGUGUUAAAGUUACCGUAUAAACUUACGAGUAGUAUGCAUGGUUACUGCACUUUCGAAGUUUAAGUUAGAUAUUUGUAAGCAGUGUGUUAAAGUUACCGUAUAAACUUACGAGUAGUAUGCAUGGUUACUGCACUUUCGAAGUUUGAUUAAGUCGACAGUCCAGAGUUUGUGGUAAAAGACAUGUGCCACACACUGACAUGAUCAGUGGGGUGGGGUUUAAAAAAUGUCUGGUUUACAGAUUUGUUGCACACUUUGUCAGUGGGGAAUCAUGGUACCAUUCUUGCAUAUAUAUACCAAAAAAUCAGGAUAAAAAAAAAGAAGUUUUUUCAACUACAACAUCUUGCAGUCAGUUUCGGUAGUGUUCAUUUCAUGAUUCAAUGUGGCUUUGGCUGAAUCAUUGUGGAUCAGUUAAUUGCAGGUCUUUAAAUAAUUUUCCACACGUGAUAACAAAAAUCUCUCUAUAUUUUCUUCAAUAAGUGUAUAAAAAAACAAAUUGUUACUAUAGUAACACAUAAAAGCUUACUUAUUUAAAACUGCUCCACAUCAAUAUUUCAAAACAUUCCAAAACCAUAAUCAACUGGUGUUGAAAAGAAUCUCUUCAACUUGUGCAAAAUAUACCAUUACAUGCUGUAAGUUAUUUUAUGUGCAAUAAACAUACAUUUUAUACUG